AUGGCGGAGGCGCGGCCGGGGCCGGCGGCUGGGGCGCAGCUCAACGGGCUGCCCGACCACUCGCCGCUGCUGCAGCCCAGCCUGGCCGAGCUGCGGCGCCGGGCCGGGGAGGCGGGCGCUCGGCCGGCGCGGCGGCCGCUCAGCGACGCCUUCCUGCUGCGGUUCCUGCGCGCCCGGGACUUCGAUCUGGACCUGGCCUGGCAGUUACUAAAAAACUACUAUAAGUGGAGAGAAGAGUGUCCAGAAGUAAGUGCAGAUCUCCAUCCUAGAAGCAUUCUUGGCCUUCUGAAGGCCGGCUACAUCGGCGUCCUGAGAGCCCGAGACCCCACCGGCAGCAAAGUUCUGAUUUACAGAAUUGCACACUGGGACCCAAAAGUUUUCACAGCUUAUGAUGUGUUUCGUGUAAGUCUAAUCACAUCCGAGCUUCUUGUACAGGAGGUAGAAACACAACGGAAUGGAAUCAAGGCUAUCUUUGAUUUGGAAGGCUGGCAGUUUUCUCAUGCUUUUCAAAUUACUCCGUCUGUAGCCAGGAGGAUUGCCGCUGUUCUUACAGAUUCCUUUCCAUUAAAAGUUCGUGGUAUCCAUUUGAUAAAUGAGCCAAUAAUUUUCCAUGCUGUUUUUUCCAUGAUUAAACCAUUUCUGACCGAAAAAAUUAAGGAACGGAUUCAUAUGCAUGGGGACAAUUACAAACAAAGUUUACUUCAGCAUUUCCCAGACAUUCUUCCAGUGGAAUACGGUGGUGAAGAAUACUCCAUGGAGGACAUUUGUCAGGAGUGGACAAAUUUUAUAAUGAAGUCUGAAAAUUAUCUCAGCAGCAUUUCACAGACCGCUAAAGGAGAAGAAGUUAUUUAAUGUGAAAGACUUCCUAAUUAAAAAUACAUGAGUAAGAUCCUACCUGGUUAUAUGAAUGAAAGAAAAAGAAUUAUUAAACUAAUGCUUUUCCGAUUGA